AUGAUCAAAACAUUGAUCGUAGUUUUGUGUUUGGUGAUCGGUGCAAGUCCUACAGGUCAUUGUAUUCGAGAUACACUGAAAGAAGAUAUGGAGCUCGAACGACAACUAAAGCUCAUUAACAAGCCUCCUGUUAAAACUAUUCAUACAAAAUAUGGAGACACAGUUGACUGUAUAGAUAUUAAUAAACAACCAGCAUUUGAUCAUCCUUUACUAAAGAAUCAUAAGUUACAAAAAAAGCCUAGCAUACGAAAACCAUUUGAAAAAUCAAGUAUGAAGAAAUUACAAGGUACACAAAUAUUUGGAUUUGUAAAAUGUCCUAAAGGCACAAUUCCUAUUCGGAGAACAACGAAAGAAGAACUUAUUCAAGAAAAACAAUUACUAAAUAGUAGUAUUUUUGUCAAAGAUGUCUCUGGUGUUCAUCUUGCCGAGAUGGCUCUUUCUUCAAAAUAUGGUCCAUAUUAUGGGAUCGAAGGAGGCACUAGCAUUUAUAACCCAAGAGUUACUAAGGGUCAAAUGUCCCUUUCUCAUGUAUGGGUUGAAAAUGGACCCAUAGACAGUAAUAACAAAAUUAGUGUUGGAUGGCAUGUGAGUUUGGAUUUGUACGGUGACAAUCGAACCCAUUCAUAUGUAUCAUGGACGAGAGACAAUUUUCAUAAGACGGGAUGCUACAAUUUACGAUGUCCAGGUUUUGUUCAGACUAAUCCUGCAUCUUAUAUUGGUGGACCUUUUCUAAAUACAUCGUUGUACGGAGGACCAACUUAUCGUUUUGUUGUUUCUAUUAGUCAGGACCCAAAGUCCAAAAACUGGUGGAUACAUCUAAGCAAUACUAUUGCUGUUGGAUAUUUUCCAGCCAAAUUGUUCUCCAACUUGAGUUCAGCGGAUAAAGUAGGAUGGGGUGGAAGAACAUUAACUCCUCGUGGUUCUCUAAGUCCUACAAUGGGAUCGGGAUAUUUUCCUGAUGGAAACUUUUAUCAUGCAUGUUAUUUCACUUAUAUCUAUUACAAAAAUGCAUCCAGAAAAAACUACGGACCUGAAAACUAUCAAAUAAAAAAAUACGUUGACAAUCCUAAGUGUUUUGGUCUUAGUUACUACGGCAAUCUUCAUAGAAAAGUUGAGUAUUGUCUUCAAUUUGGAGGACCUGGUGGUGAUUGUGGUGAUUGA